AUGUCUACUAACCAGAUCCAAAACGUCGCCAUUAUUGGCGGGACAGGUCAAGUCGGCUCACGUAUCCUGUCCUCCCUCCUGACCGUAAAGCGCUUCAACAUUACGGCAGUCUCACGCUCUGACUCCCAAGCCGCUUUCCCAGAGAACGUGAAGGUCGUCAAAGGCGACUACAACUCCGACACCUUCCUCGAGCAAGCCUUGGUUGGCAUCGAAGCCCUGAUCAUUACCCUAGCAGUCACGGCGCCGAAGGACCUGGAGAAGCGGAUCAUCGAUGCUGCCAUCAAAGCUGGUGUCACCUGGAUCAUUCCCAAUGGAUUCGUCAGUGACGGCGCGCAUCCGCACAUGGGCGGCAAGAUCACCGUCAAUGCCCACAAAGCGGUAUUGAGGAGGCAGAUCGAGCAGAGUGGGAACGGGAAGACUAAGUGGAUCAGUAUCGUAAAUGGUCCUUGGUAUGACUUCUCGUUGAAGAACCUCGCCUUCAGCAUCGACCCCGUCAACCGCAAGGCGACGUUGUAUGAUGACGGCAAGGUCAAGUUCAAUACCACUACGUGGCACAUGGUGGGUGCUGGCGUCGCAGCAUUGCUUUCAUUGCCAGUGUCUGGCCAUUCACCAACCCUCUCCGACUAUGCCAACAAAUUCGUGUACUUGUCCUCCUUCCACAUUGGUCAGCGAGACAUCCUAGAUGCAGCCCAAGCCGCAACUGGGACUACCGAGAAGGACUGGACUAUUGAGCAGAAGGACGCGCAAUCGUACACGGAUGAUGGCUUUGCGAAGAUGAGUCGUGGAGACAUUUCUGGCAUUGUGCCUAUGAUCUAUGGAAGUCACUUCAUAGAGGGACUGGGUGGGAGCUAUGAGGGAAAGAAGCAGACACUGAACAAUGUUGUGGGAGGGCUGCCGAAGGAGGACAUCGUGGAGGUGACGAAAAGGCUCAUUGCUGAGAUGGAGGCUACGAAGAGCUCAGCGUCCUGA